GGAAGAGAAAGAGGAGCUUCAUUGCUUGUGCACGGAGAUAAACCAACACUACACUGCUGAUCAUCAUUAUCAGUGUAAAAAUCGCAACUUUCAGAGACCCAGAAUCGGGAUCUUCUCUGUUACCGUGAAAUGAACGAGCCCACGACGAGAAAACGCAGGAAGAAGAACAAAGAGGAAUCAACCCAGAAGAACAAAAAGAAGAAAGAACUCAAUGGCAUCUUCACAUCACUGUUGUUUAUUGAUGCACAACAGAAAAGUGAGGAACAACAACAAGAAGAUGACGAUGAAGAGAAGCUUCUCUCAAUUGAAACCAACGACAAGAAGAAAGACAUGCUCGACUAUUACUCCAAUCUCGACAAUUGCAACAGCGAGGUGGAAGAAUCCGACCAAAACAAGAGAAAGAAACUCGCCGGCGGCGAUUCCUUGACGCCGGCUCAUCACCGGAGACUUUGGGUGAAGGACCGUUCGGGCGCGUGGUGGGACAAAUGCAACAGACCCGAAUUCCCUGAAGAAGAGUUCAGAAAAGCGUUCAGAAUGGGUAGAGUCACGUUCGAAGCGAUUUGUGAGGAGCUGAAUUCAGUGAUUGCGAAAGAAGACACGACGCUGAGGAACGCCAUUCCGGUGCGGCAGAGGGUGGCGGUUUGUCUCUGGCGGCUGGCCACCGGUGACCCUCUUCGGGUCGUUUCCAAACGAUUCGGUUUGGGGAUAUCCACUUGUCACAAGCUGGUUCUCGAGGUUUGCACUGCUAUAAGGACAGUGCUUAUGCCCAAGUAUUUGCAAUGGCCUAAUGAUGUUACCUCAAGGAACAUCAAGGAUGAGUUUGAGACUGUUUCUGGGAUUCCCAACGUUGUGGGGUCCAUGUACACUUCGCAUGUUCCCAUCAUUGCUCCUAAGAUUAGUGUUUCAGCUUACUUCAACAAGAGGCACACUGAGAAGAAUCAUAAGACUUGUUAUUCCAUUACGGUCCAGGGUGUUGUUGACCAUAGAGGGGUUUUCACUGAUGUUUGUAUUGGGUGGCCUGGUUCAAUGGGUGAUGAUCAGGUAUUGGAAAAGUCAGCGCUUUUUCAAAGGGCUAAUAGUGGGAGUCUUCUUAAUGGUGUUUGGGUUGUUGGGGGUUCUGGGUACCCUUUGUUGGAUUGGGUUUUGGUGCCUUAUACUCAGAAGAAUCUUACUUGGACUCAACAUGCUUUUAAUGAGAAGAUUGGAGAGGUUCAAACGGUUGCUAAGGAUGCGUUUGGGAGGUUGAAAGGAAGGUGGUGUUGCUUGCAGAAGAGGACUGAAGUGAAGCUUCAAGAUUUGCCUGUUGUACUUGGGGCAUGCUGUGUGUUGCAUAAUAUAUGUGAGUUGAAGAAUGAAGAAAUGGAUCCUGAGUUGAAGGUUGAUCAUGUGGAUGAUGAUGAUGAUGAUGAUGACAUGGUGAUGGUGCCUGAGGUUGCCUUGAGGUCUGCUAGUUCCAUGAAGGCCAGGGAUGCCAUUGCUCAUAACCUUUUGCACCAUGGACUCGCUGGCACUUCUUUUGUUUAAUUGAAAGUUGUGUAACUCAAGAUUAUGUAUAAUUCUUUUGCUUGUUUCUUGUUCAAGACAUGAUUGACGAUGAUAUUCAAGGCAUUCAUCAUUAUUUGUUGAAAGGGCCUUGUAACUAAAAGGUAUAUUCGCCCUUCAACGAAUAUAUGAUUAAUUAUAGUCAUCGUAGGUGCAGGGUUUUAUGUGUAAGAUUCAGGGGCUUGUAAUAUUCCAACUCCUUGCUCUAAUUGCCAAAUAGUAAGAGAUUAGUUAAUAAAACCAGAUGAUAUCAUUCUUUUGUAACAGUCUUUUAGUUUCAAUACUUAAAUUG